CCUCCCGUAACCUGUGGCUUCUUUUCUCUAUCAGAGGAACCGCAGAGGCUGUCCCGGGCAUCGGGGAGGGAUGCCACUGUGGCUGCUGCUCAUGCUGUGGAGAGGGUCUGUGGCUCAAGUUCUGAGCUACAAGCUGAAACUCCAGAAGUCCAUGACAGUGCAGGAGGGUCUGUGUGUCCACGUGCCGUGCGAAUUUUCCUACCCUUGGCUUUCCUUUAUAAGCGCCUACGUGUCUUGGUUCCAGAAAGGGGCAGAUGUAAACCAAGAUCCUCCAGUGGCCACCAACAAACCAAACCAGAAGCUGCAUGAGAGGACCCAGGGCCGGUUCUUCAUCCGUGGGGACCCCCAGACCGGGAACUGCUCCCUGGACAUCACGGAAGUCCACAUGGGGGACAGUGGGACUUACUUCUUUCACCUGGGCACAUAUUCAUAUCUAGAUACUAUGUUUUCUCUGAAUGUGACAGCCCUGACCCACACACCUCAUAUCAUCAUCCCGGGAACCCUGGAGUCUGGACACCCCAGGAACCUGACCUGCUCUGUGCCCUGGGCCUGUGAGAGGAGCACGCCGCCCAUCUUCUCCUGGACGUCAGCUGCCCUCACCUCCCUGGGCCCCAGGACUCACCUCUCCUCGGUGCUCACCCUCACCCCACGGCCCCAGGACCACGGCACCAACCUCACCUGCCAAGUGUACUUCCCUGCAGCUGGUGUGAUGGUGGAAAGGACUGUCCAGCUCAAUGUCACCUAUGCUCCACAGAACACAGCCAUCAGGAUCUUCCAAGGAAGCAGAACAGCCCUGGGGACUCUGCAAAACACUUCAUCAGUUUUCAUCUUGGAGGGCCAGGCUCUGCAGCUGCUCUGUGUUACUGACAGCAACCCCCCUGCUGAGCUGAGCUGGUUCCGGGGGUCCCCCACUUGGAAAGCCACCCCAAUCUGCAGGAGUCCAAUCCUGGACGUAUCUCAAGCAGGGGCUGUGGAGGAAGGAGACCUCAUCUGCCAAGCUCAGAACCUGCUGGGCUCCCAGCACAUCUCCCUGCAUCUCUCUGUGGUCUACCCCCUGCAGCUGCUCAGCCCCUCCUGCUCCUGGGAGGGCGAGGGGCUGCGCUGUAACUGCUCCUCCCGAGCCCAGCGGGCGCCCACCCUGCGCUGGCGGCUGGGGGAGGAGCUGCUGGAGGGGAACCACAGCAACGCCUCCUGGACUGUCACCUCCAGCCUUGUGGGGCCCUGGGCCAACAGCUCCCUGAGCCUCAGUGGGCCGCUGGGCUCUGGCCUCAGACUCAGCUGCGAGGCCCAGAAUGCGCAGGGGAAACAGAGUGCCGCUGUCCUGCUGCUCCCAGCAGAUAAACCGGAACCCAGGACCAGUGGGGUCAUAGAAGCAGUUGCGGGAGCUGGAACCAUGGCCCUGCUUUCCCUCUGCCUUUGCCUCAUCUUCAGAGUGAAGACCGGCAGGAAGAAAACAGUCCAGCCAGUGCAAAGCAUGGAUAUGAGCCCAGCUGGCAGCUCAGGCUCUGGGGCAUAUCAGCACCAGUCCUGGACGGACAUCCCUGCAGCCCCCCCAGCUCCUGCUGAGGCCAGACCCAUUUCAGAAGAGGAACAGGAGCUCCACUAUGCUCUCCUCAGAUUUCCCAAGCCGAAGUAUCAGGAACAGGAAGACAUCCACACCGAGUACUCAGAGAUCAAGACACACAAGUGAGGAACUGUUUUUCUCAUAGUUCUGGAGGCUGGAAGCUGAGAUCGACGUGUCAGCAGAG